UCUAAACUUUACACAGUGCAUGUGAAUAGGCUGUAGCAGAAAUUCUUUUUGGUUGUAGAUCUUGAGAAGCAAAUAGUUGAAGCGUAAUUAUCAGUAAAAAAGAUUUAAAAUGAUUGUUUUUGUUGCCUGUCUGUUAGUACAGCAUGUAGAGUACAAAUAGAUUUAAAGCAUGUGUAAGUUGCAGCACAGCUUAUUAGCCAUGGUUGCUUAUUUGAUUUUCAAAAUGUUAUUUGGCCAAGUGGUCGUUUUGUUGUCUUCCCUGUUAAUUCUUUCUUACGCGCACCAUUGUACAGAGCUGUGACAUCCUCGUGCAAUGCAAUAUUGUCUUGCUCCUAUUUUUAAAGAGAAAAUCUGCAUGAAAUCAUUUGAGACAGAGAACAGUUGCUGCGCUGCUCGUUAUAGACUGAAAAAAGGCUCUGCCCUGGGAAGGCACUACUUGGAAAUGGCCACAAGAGACAUUAAAAGUUGUGUAAAUGGAAAGUAAGUGGAGAAUAAAUGGUCAGUUGCAAUAAACAUCAAACUCAAUUGUAGAACAGAAACUCCCACAUAUGUCCGAUUUAUUUUACAUAUAUCAAACUUAAACUUUUGGCUGUUUAUGCAGCAUGUAAAAUGCUUUUUUUUCUUUAAAGAUCAAACAGUGUGUGUGCAUAUCUUUCUGGAGCAGCUAGUCAGCACUGAUUGACAGCACCACCACAUCAGCUGGCUGCGGUAGUAACUACUGGGACAUAGUUUCCUUUAAGAAAUCCAAAUAUAACCUUCAAGUUUGUGAAGUUACAUAAAUUACAACUUUUGCUCUGUAGCCAAGCCCAAUGUUUAAAUGAAGCUUCACUUCUGGCCACAGUAACUGCAUGUCAUGCAUGUGGAGUUCAGUCUAAAUAGGCGUCAGUGCAGCACGGAGCACAUUUCUUGCAACAGAUUUCAGAAUUUUGAACAGCUUCUAAAAGAAGUGCAGUUGUAUGCCACGAAGGCGAAAUUUAUGGUUCAGCAGGAAGAGCGCGUUCACAGUCCGCUGGCAGGGCGGAGAUGGCCUGUUGGCCUGCAGGGAACUAUGCACGUUUUCUCCUUUUAACAACAGAGAAUGUGGUACAACCGGUCUGUGGGCCACUCUUGCUGGUGUUGUUGUUGGUCUAUCAGGCCGACGCAGAGAAAAGCAAAGUUCUAGCAUACAACAAGCCGAACUGUUAAAAACAAUGAAAAGUGUCCAUUUGAGACACUAUCUGUGCUUUGCAUACUUUAUUUUUUGAUCUUUGAAGUUAUUUCAUGUUUCUCCCAUUCGCGAUAACCUCCGCUGUUGCUCGCGCCACUAUUUUGGCCCACACAACAACACACGAAAGCACGUCUGGUCCGUAAAAACCUCUCUGCACCCCAUCCAAGCAAAAGCGUGUAUGCAGACAUGCACUCUGGUGGGACCAGAAAUGAUGCUUUAUGCAGCACGUUCUGAUAGAACCGUAGGAGCACGCUGCCAUUUGCAUUUGCACACAGCCCCCUGCACAAGAUGCAUUUAGUCUGAAGUGUGGUCAGAGGUGAAAAGUUUGAGUGUAGAAACCAUCCAGCAGCAGUUUUCUGGCUCAUGUGAUUCAACUCAUUUACUCUUUAAAUAUGCACACACAGUUGGUGCGUGCAUGCGUGGGUAGCUCUGUUUUACUGACCUGCCGUACUGGUUCCACAGACUUCAAAAUGCUGUUUGUACUAUUUCUGUGUGAUGUGAGUUCUAGCUCUGUGGCAUGUCGAUAAGGUGGAACAGUGGUGUGGUGUGUGUCCGGCUUUAGAUCCAGGCCCAGCCCGGCCCAGACCCCUAACCAUCUAACAGUGAUGUACCUGCUUCCCUCCCUUUUUCAUCCUACCAUUAAUUGUCCCCCUCUUUCGUUUCUCUCCAUUGUACUACUUUACUUCUUUCUUUCCCAUCUUGUCUCUCUCGUCCUUCUGCCCACCAUCACUCUUUCACUCCACUCUCCUCAUCUUUCCGCACCCUUUGUUUGCUCCCUCCCACCCCCUCCUUUUCCGCUGCUGUUUCUGCUUCUGGUGCUGUAGAUAGUGUUGUCGUCUCUGCGCUACGGCAUAAUCUCGGGCUCCUGGGUGGAGCGAGUUCACCUGUGGCGCUUCAAGGGGGUCAUUCAGUGCCUGCCUAUUAUCGCCACAACCUUCUGCUGUCACCCAUGGUGCUGUCCUCGUUCAAACAUGGGCUGCUCAGCGGCUGGUGGCUAGGGCACAUCAAUAUGGUGCGCUGGGAGGGUGUGUUUCGCUGUCUCCCCAUCUGUGGGAUGGCCUUCGCCUGCCAGUCGCAAGUGCUACCAACCUACGACAGCCUCGAUGAGCCGUCUGUUAAGCGCAUGAGCACCAUUUUCACUUCAUCUCUCAACGUUGUUACCAUCUUCUACAUCACAGUGGGUUUCUUUGGAUACGUCAGCUUUACAGACAACAUCGCAGGGAACGUGCUGAUGAACUUUCCAUCCAACCUGGUGACAGAGAUGAUACGCGUUGGUUUUAUGAUGUCUGUAGCUGUUGGAUUUCCCAUGAUGAUCCUGCCCUGCCGCCAGGCCAUCAACACUAUGCUUUUUGAGCAGCAACAGAAGGAUGGGACAUUUGCCGCUGGGGGUUACAUGCCUCCUCUGCGCUUCAAGAUGAUCACCCUGUGCAUUGUGUUUGGCACUAUGCUGGGGGGCAUUCUCAUCCCCAACGUGGAAACUAUUCUGGGUCUGACUGGAGCCACCAUGGGCAGCCUCAUCUGCUUCAUUUGUCCUGCUCUCAUCUACAGAAAGAUCCAAAAGAACGGCAUCAUUGCUCAGCUGGUGCUUUUUGUUGGUCUGGGCAUCCUGCUGAUCAGCACCUUUACCACUCUCUCAAUUUCGGCCAGUAGCCCCGGUCCAAGGAUCCAACCUCCUCCUCCUGCACCUGGCAAGAACAGCCAGCAAGAACUACCAGACAUCUCUGAACUGCACGACAACCCUGCAAACAAGAAGCCAGUGGAGAUAGAAAAGCCUGACAAUCAUCUCCCUGUGGAGGUGGUGCAGCCUGUGGAGCGGGACCCAGGUGAGCCCCCCCAGAUUAAAGGACCAGUUGAUCUAUCGAAGGAGAAGAAGGACGAGGAGGUGCAGUUGGAUCGUCCUGAUGCGGGUGUGGCAGUGCCAGAGGGAGAGGCCCAUCGUCACGAACCACCCAUUCCUCAUGACAAAGUCAUGGUAGACAGAAGAAAGAACAUUGCAGAGCUGAAAGAUGAAAACAAACAACCUGUUGCUGCAGAAGGUGGUGAAGAAAAACCUCUAAGAGGCAACGAGCAAGAUUUCGAGAAUGCUUUGAAGGUGGAAAGCAAAGAUGACAAGGUUGAUGAAAAACCUGCAAAAGAAGAGGAUCUGGGUAGAGGUGAAGUCUUGUCGAACGAGCUGGUUGAUAAGCCUGUUGCAGAAGCAGGCAAAAAGUUGGAUGUUGCCCCAUUAAAGGAGGGUGAGAAUCUCAAUGCUGGUAAAGAGCCCCUUGCAGAUAAUGCAGGUGUAGUAGCCAAUCAGGCUGCAGAAGCCAAUCAGGAUGCGGCAGCCCAAGUCCAUAAAGUGGGGAAAGCUGCAGAUGCUGCAGAGAAAGCUCCACCUGCUGAAGGAGAGCAUCGCCCUGCUGGAGAAGAGGCUCCAGCUGCUGAAGGCAAAGAUGCAGCAGAUGACAAGAUGGAAGUGAUAAAAAAGCUGGUUGCAGAGGGUCAGCUGGACCACGCGGUGCUUCUGCAGGUCAUUAAGGAGCAACAAGAACAACAGAAAAGGCUUCUGGACCAACAGGAAAAACUAUUGGCUGUCAUAGAAGAACAACACAAGGAAAUCCACCAGAAACAACCUGCUGGGGGCGCUGCUGAAGGCGAUGGUGAGAAAGGCAUCCAAGGACAACCAGAGAUGAUGGAAGGUGGAGCAGCAAAACCUAAGGAGUCUGGACUGGAGCAGCCCAAGGAGGGAGCUGGAGCUCCACAGGAUGGAGGAAAUGAGGCUCAUGCUCUGGCCCAGAAUCAAGCUCAGGUUGAAGAUAAAGGUGCUGAAGCUAACCCUGCAAAAGUAGCCGUACCAGCAGCUUACAAGGAGGAUGCAAAUGUUGCACUCGCAGGAGAAUCACAUAAGGAAAGUGAGGUCGGGGCGAGGGGAGUGCCAUUGGGAAAGCAAAAACUUAAACCUGUAGCUCAGAAUGAUCAGUUACCAGAAGAAGAGGCAAUUGAAAAACUUAAGAAAGAAAUGGUAGGGAAAGAAGAUCAGGCAAAACAAGGAAAAGAACGGCUGGAGAGGGAAAUGAAGGAGAAGCUAGCCAGGGAAGAGGAGUUAGAGAGGGAAAGAUCAGAGAGAGAAAGGAUAGAGAAAGAAGUUCAGGCAAGAUUAGAAAAAGAACGGCUAGAAAUGGAGAGAAAAGAAAAGAAAAGGCUAGAGGAAGAAAGGAUAGAAAAGGAAAGACAGGAAAUGGUGGCCAAACAAGAGUUGGAGAGGGAAAAGAUAGAGAAAGAAGUUCGAGAAAGGCUGGAAAAAGAACGACUGGAAAGGGAAAUAAAAGAGAAUCUGAUCAGAGAGCAAGAGCUUGAGAAAGAAAAAGCAUUAAAAGAGAAACUUGCACGCGACAAAGCUGCAAAAGAGCGAUAUGAGCAGGAGCUGCAGAAAGCUGACAAUGAAAUACUUGAUAAAGCAAAGAAAGAGGAGGCAUUGCAGGAGGCUCAGGAGAGGCUGCUUCAGCUGCAGCAGGCCAUAGAAGCUCAAAAUGCUGGAAAAGCUGCACAGGGGGGCAAGAUAGAUGAUGGUGAGGCUUUGAAGAAAGGAGGACGAGACCUCAAAGAGAAAGCUGCUGCUCAGCCAGAACCCGGAGAAGGGGAGGAAGAUGGCGAGGUUCACCCCCAGGGCUCCCACGAGAAAGUUAGGAAGCAGGGAGAGAUAGAUCUGAAGCGGAGGCGUAGGUCACUCGGAGAGGCUAGAGGGCCCCUGGAGGACACUGAGGCGUCCAGGGGCGUUCCAGGGUUGGAGCCCCUGCUGGAGCUGGGGGGGCAAGAUCUGCACGCAGCCCUGGAGGGGCAGCUACUGGCUGGGGCAAGGCUACACACACGGCAGAUUAAACAGGCCUCAGAGGAUGAAGAAGCUAAAUAACACACACACAUUCUUAUUUAGCGGUCAAACACAUACUGUAGACCUGCAGAACCUCUAAUACUGUGGACCGUGAUAUUGCUGCCUUACAUUCUCUUUUGCCUUCGGAGUUGUUAAGAAGUGGACUGUGUUGUUUUUCUUGAUACUGUGUAAUCUGCCAGGAACCCAAAGUCUUUAUCAAAGAGCAAAAGUGAAUGUAAAUAUUAACUUAUUUUUGUUUCCAGAGAAAAUUUUGAAGAGGUCAAUGUUUAAAGUGUACAUACAUCUAUGCAAAUACCUUUCUGUGGAGCGUUUUUGACAGGGACGAUAUUGGUAUUUGAGUCACAUGUACUCCUUUUGUCAUUCAGUUGUUCCUUGGUCUUUGUAAAUGUUGUAAAUGCUUUUAAAUGUGAUCCAUGUAUUUUCUUAUAGAACCCGUUUACUCCAAAUUUAAUGUACUGUGGCUUCAGGCCCCUUGAUAGUGUUUUUGCUUUAUGCUUUCAAAAUGAGGUAUUUAACUACACGCUGGAGUUUUGAGAUAUAGAGUAGCCUUACUAUUUCCAUAAACUGUGGACAACAGAGCAGCUCGAACCAGACAACCUGGAUCAAUACCUGUAGUUUCUAAUCAUUCCAUCUUUAUUCCUAGUAUUUCUUCCAGGUUGAUUUAUUAGUGCCUUUCACUUAACAUACUACAGCGUAUAUUUUAUUCAAACAAAAUGUGCAGUUUUUUCCCUCAAUAUCUGGUCUUUUUCUUCCACUAAAUGAUCUUAUUUGAAGAUAUAAUAUAAUGGAAGGUAUUUUGGACUUCUGUAUUCUCUUUUAUUGGCUAGCACUUCAACACAUUGGACCUUUGCUUUAUAAAAGAGGCUAUUUUUGUGACUAUUUUUCUACAUGCAUGUUAUUUCUGUACAUUUUGCUGAUAAAAAUUAAUAAAGCUCAUAUAUCGAAA